AUGAUUCGUCCCGCUGCCCGCUCGCUUGUCCAGGCCGCCCGGGGGUCUGUCAGGUCAUCCCGCGGAUUGCUGACGAAAUCCAGCUCCCUCGCUCUGGUUUCUUCAGCACAACAUGUCCUCCGCUCAAACUUUCACUCUUCGUCGCUCUGGAUGGCUGAAACCGUCAAGGUACCAUCGAUGGCCGAGUCCAUUACCGAAGGUACCCUGAAACAGUGGAGCAAGCAGGUCGGCGACUUUGUUGAGCAAGACGAGGAGAUUGCCACCAUCGAGACUGACAAGAUCGACGUCUCCGUGAACGCCCCCAUGUCUGGCAAGAUCACCGAACUGCUCGUAGAGGAGGACUCGACCGUCACUGUCGGCCAGGACCUUCUUCGCAUGGAGCCCGGAGAGGGCAAGUCUACAUCAGGGGACGAGGCGCCCAAGGCCAAGCCGGAGGGCGGGGCGCGGUCAGAGCCGAAGAACCCAGAAGAGGGGAACAAGGAGGAGGCGGCGCCAGCGGGGGAGAAGUUGAAGGGGGCGGACGAGAAGACCAAGAAGGAGCUGGACGAGAAGGCGCCGGGGAUGGACAAGAAGCCUCAGGAGGUUCCGGCGCCGAGAAAGGAGGAGAGCAAGUCUGCGCCGGCCCCAGCGCCAAAGAAGCAGGAGAAGCCUAAGGCGAAGGAGGAGUCGGCACCGGCCGCGCCAAAGACCUCGGGAAGCAGGAAUGAGACCAGGGUGAAGAUGUCGCGUAUGCGUCAAACAAUCGCCCAGCGCCUCAAGGCCUCGCAAAACGCCGCUGCCUUCCUCACGACCUUCCAAGAAAUCGACAUGUCGUCCAUCAUGGAGUUCCGGAAACUGUACAAGGACGGCGUCCUCAAAGCCGACGGCGUCAAGCUCGGCUUCAUGUCAGUCUUUGCGCGCGCCGCGUGCUUGGCCCUGAAAGAGAUCCCGGCGGGUAACGCCAGUAUCGACGGGGACCAGAUUGUGUACCGCGACUAUGUGGACCUGAGCGUGGCUGUCAGUACGCCAAAGGGGCUGGUGGUCCCCGUUGUGAGGAAUGCGGAGAGUAUGGGGCUGGUGGAUAUUGAGAGGGCAAUUGCGGAGCUGGCCGUCAAGGCCCGGGAUAACAAGCUCGGCCUGGAAGAUAUGUCGGGCGGAACAUUCACCAUCUCCAACGGCGGUGUCUUUGGCUCGCUCUUCGGUACCCCCAUUAUCAAUCUCCCCCAGACCGCCGUCCUCGGUAUCCACUCGAUCAAAGACCGCGCCGUCGUCGUCGAUGGUCAGAUUGUUAUUCGCCCCAUCAUGAUUGUUGCCCUGACAUAUGACCACCGAUUGCUCGAUGGACGGGAAUCUGUCACUAUGCUUGUUCGGAUCAAGGAGUACAUUGAGGACCCGAGGAGGAUGCUUUUGCCCUCGCCCAUCUAA